GUCCCGAACUCCCACCCCGCCCUCCUCCUUUCUUUCGCUUGGGAAGACAACCACGCCAACAUAUCACUCUCCCAAGCCAGCAGACAACGCUUUAAUGCAAAGCAGAGACUUCGUCAACUCCAGCACCUCAGCUUUCUCUUUCUUCGACGUUCUUUCUUCCGGUCAGGCGGACGAUCCAUCGCGCGGACGCCCCCUCCCAGCCCCCAUCGAAACUGGACAGCGCGCGAAGGAGAUCGAUGGACUCCCAGCCUCUGAACCACAAGGCGCAUCUCUCUUCCCCUCGGCGAACACGGCUGAUCCCUGUCGCACGAGCAGCGAUGUCCAGUCCGCAUCCUUCACCGAAGGCGAGGACCUCACCCACUCCCCCGCCGCCAUGUUUCUCUCCUCCUUUAGUCCCAUGGCAAACACCACCACCCACCUCGCGCCAGACGCGGAGGGCGCCACUGUCGGCGGCUACACCCUCGGCGGCGUCAUCGGUUACGGCGGCUUCUCCACCAUCCGCAAGGCCUUCUCGCGCUCGGGCUCCCUCGUCGCGAUCAAGAUCGUGCGCCGGGACGACAUCCAGCGCCAGCAGAACCCGGAGCAGGCGCGGCGGCUGCUCAGCAGGGAGGCGGAGACGUGGGCCUCGCUGUCGCAUGAACACGUGCUCCCUCUGUUCUCCGUUGAGCGCACCGCGUCAGCAGAUUUCUUCAUCACAGCCUUCUGCCCCGCAGGCUCGCUCUUUGACAUCCUCAAGCGCGACGGGCAUCCGGCGCUCCCCCAGGACGACGCGGGCGUCAUGUUCAGGCAGGUCGUGCGCGGUCUCCGCUAUUUGCACGAGACGGCGCGGCUUGUCCACCGAGACAUGAAGCUCGAGAACGUGCUUGUGGAUGAGAUGGGGGUGUGCCGCAUCACCGACUUUGGGUCUGCGCGCCACAUAAGUGAACCCCUCCGCUCCGAAGAGGACGAGGACGAAAACACUCGUCCGAACAUACCCAGCACGGCGAAGCCGGGACUGGUCCACCGCACGUCCUCGCUUGCCUACCCCACCGCCAAGCAGACACCGCUUCACCUGUCACUCAAGCGCCACCAAGGGCCUCGUUCGCACCGCAACUCUACCGCUUCAGGUGGCCGCGGCAUGGCUGCUGUCUUCGCAGACGGCUCCCUCCCCUACGCAGCGCCUGAGCUCCUACUCCCUCCUCCCUCAGGCGUACCUCCCGUAGCCGAUCCUGCUCAAGACAUAUGGGCCGUCGGCGUCAUGCUCUACGCCAUGCUAGCCGGGCGUCUGCCGUUCACGGACCAAUUUGAGCCACGGCUGCAGAUGAAGAUUAUCCACGGCACCUACACUAUGCCCUCGGGGAUUGGGUCGCGCGCAGAACGCGUGAUCCAAGGGUGUUUGGAGCGAUCUAUUGACGCCCGUUGGACGGUUGCUACGCUCGACGAAGACGCAUGGGGCGUAGGCUGGGGCGAAGAGGAGGGAGACGACGGCCGAGUCGGCACCGACAUCGAUGAGCGCGAACGCGGCUACGAAGCUGAGCAUAUUCGUCGCCGGACGCCCUCUCUAGAUCGCUCCGGCCGAUCCUCGCGCGCGCGUCACCGCACGCCGUCGCCUCGUCCUGCGCGAGCGACGACGAUUCCCGAGGAGCAGGAGGUGUACUACGCGCCGACAUUCCUGGACUCUCCGACAUCGUCGACCUUCAGUCGGCAGUUGCGGGACAGUGAUUUGCGGCAGAUGCAGCGCGAGAGGUCUUUAUCCCCGACGCCAAUCCGAGAGCGUGGUCGGCGGGGCGAGGUCGGCGCAACGCGCGUGAGCGAGUUGAGUAGAAGCCGGCCGCGAGACCUGGAUGUGGACAACCCACCCUCGACUCCUGAUAUCGGCACCGAUGUAGACCAAAGUCCACGGGAUAGCAGCCGGCGGCGCAGCGUUAGCCGUGCCCGUGGGUCAAGCCGUACGCGCGAUAUCGGGCAUCCCUUCAUCACACGCGACAUCAGCUCUUCGCGCUCGCCACCGCCACCAAUGGGCCUCUCGAGCUCUUUCUGCAGCGCCCUGUCAGGUCUUACUCGCUCCUCGUCCAUCUCCUCCGGGAGUCUUCCUCGCUCGCACUCUCGGGGCCGCUGGGGCGGACGCGAGCAGGUCUUGUCUGGUGCGUCGCCCGAGCAGGUCUUUGAGCAGGCUACGGGCGAAGUGUACGUGGGGUCGGAGUCUAUGAGCUUGACGGACCGCCUGCUGAGCGUGGAGGAGGACGCGGAGGCGGAGUUCCCGAAGCGGGGGCGGAGGAAGAUGUCGCCCUUUGCGCCCUACCGGCGCCCGUCAGUGGACAGCAUCGAUGGCGAGGGGAGGAGGGGUAGUAGCGCGUCGUCUAGGCGGAACGGGAGGAGCCUGUCGAGGCGAGAUGUCAGCGUGUCGGGGCGGGACACCAGCAGCGCCUCUAGGCGGGAUGCUAGUAAUGCUUCAAAGCAUGAGGUGGAGGUCAAGCAAGAACCGUUGCGUCGUGCGGAGAGCGUCCCGGCGGCGGAGGCCUGGGCGCGUGCGAUUGGAAGUACGGUGAAGGACGUUUGCGCGCUUGCGACGCCGGGCUCGCGGAGCAGGAGCCUGUGCGCGGAGAAGCAGGGUGCUGGGGCGGCGCGUUGAAAUCGUCAAGCAACGCGCACCUCUUCUGCGCGGUUGUGCGCAGUGCUACUGUCCAAAAGUGUCUGUUGGCGCCUAUCUCUGUUCGUCCCAUGCCUUUUCUUUGUGCCAUAUUUGGUUUGGUUUUUAUGGUUCACAUUUUCAUAGUGGGCCGUCCAUUGUCUUCAUAACCAGUUCCCUAACUCAUGUUCCUCCCUCUUCAUCUUUCGUUGUUCCUACGUAUCUCUCAUUACUCACUCUCAUAAUCCUGUCACCCCCCUCUCCUCGCUCUUCCCUGUUGUACCUUUUCCCUCUCUUCCUCUCUUCGCCUCUCCUCCCCUCUCCUCCCGCUCCGCAUCGUAAAUUAUGUUGACACGCACGCUUCCACCAUUGUAUAGUUACUCGACCUUAUACCUUGUGAUUGUCACGGGCUUUACGACUAGCAUCUUUCCUCGAGUGUCUUGGGUCGCGUCUGACGCACGGUCGUCGCGAUGAUUGGACGUAGUGCUUGCAUACCAGAUUGUAUUACCACCAUAUGAUCGCAGUGCUUUGUUUACGAGGAAGGUAUGAAUGGAAGUUCCGCAAGAGCUCGACGAUCG